UGACUCACUAAACGAAAAUAAUACAAAUCAUCUCUCUCUCUCCUCUUCACUAUGUCCACUUGUUCCUUCUUUAUUCGCCCUUCCCUUGUCGAGAUCCGAUUCGCAAACAUAGCGUUCAAUUUCAUGGUAGCUGAGAGAAGGGCUUCGCUCCUCUUCCACUACCUCUUUAUCCUAAUCCUAAUGGCCGUCACCUCUUUCCUCCCAGCCGACGCCGCCUCCGCCACCGCCGCGGCCGCUCGCGUCCCCGACAGCCACCCCUGCUGCCGCGAUCAAAGCAAGAAGAAGAUGAAGAAGAAGAGAAGGCUGCCUCUGCCUCCGCCUCCCCCCUCCAGAUCUCUCCCUCCGCCGCCCCCUUCGUCCACCUCGUGGGAGCAUUUCAAGAACCUGCUCAGCUGCCGCUCCGCUGGGGAGCAGGUCCACGACCCAGCGUCGCGCCUCGGCCGCGCCUUCUGCGGGUCGUCCAUCUGCGCGCUCCGCGACGUCGUCCACGGGAACACCCGCGUCGUCCACCGCUCCGACACCGACAUUUCCUCCGACGCCGCCAGCUCCCUCUCCCUCUCCCAGAACGAGACCGCACAGCUAGCGCGCUCCGCCCGCCACCGCCCAGCGCCUCCGGUGGCCUCACUUAACUGCGGCAGAGGCGGGUACUACUCUCCUCUUCCCAAGCUCUCCGGCUGCUACGAGUGUCACGCCGUCUCCGUCGAUUCCUCUUCCCGGAGGUAUCCGAGGCCGAGAGAGACGCUGUGUGCUUGCUCCGACUGCGGCGAGGUGUUCACGAAGCCUGAAACCCUAGAAUUGCAUCAAAUCACACGACACGGAGUGUCCGAAUUGGGGCCGGAGGACUCGGGACGCAACAUCGUGGAGAUAAUCUUCAAGUCCAGCUGGCUCAAAAGUGACCGUCCGAUCUGUAAGAUCGAGCGCAUCCUCAAGGUCCACAACCCACCGCGCACUGUCGCGCGCUUUGAGGACUAUCGCGCCGCCGUCAAAUCCCGCGCUCUCCCGCACUCCGCUACUGGCGGCGGAGGCGCCUGCCACAACCACCGCUCCCGCUGCGCAGCUGACGGAAACGAGCUCCUCCGCUUCCACUGCACCUCCCUCUCCUGCCCCCUCGGCGCCAGCGGCUCCACCUCGCUCUGCUCCAACACCGGCGGCACUUCCUCUCCUAUCGUCGCCUGCGGCGUCUGCGCCAUUAUCCGCCAAGGCUUCGUGCGGGCGAACCACCCGCACGGAGUGAGGACGACGGCCAGCAGCGGCCGCGCGCACGACUGCGGCCCCAUGACUGACGCCACGGAGGACCGGCUGCGGGCCAUGCUGGUUUGCCGCGUCAUCGCCGGUCGGGUGCGGCGCCCGGGCGAGGACCCGGCAACGGAGGACGCUUACGACUCGGUGGCCGUGGCCGAGGCCGAGGCCGACGGAGCCUGCGGCGCGUACGGCAACCUGGAGGAGCUGCUGGUGGCGAAUCCGAGGGCCAUCCUCCCCUGCUUCGUCGUCAUCUAUCGGGCCCUCGAUUAGGACAAUCCUCAGUUAAGAAACGAAAAUUAUUAACUGGGUAAUUAAAUGCUCCACAACUAUUUGUAUUUAAUGCUUGCGUCAAACGCAAUGGUGACCACGAUAGAGAAAAAUUCAGAGUUAGCUCACCGUCUGCGUCUCCAAACUCAAAAGUCUUAACCUUGUCAAAUGUAUUGCUUUUCUUGGUUGUACAUAAAGAUUCUUCUUGUCUCGUG